UGAUCUAUCUAUGAUCUCUAAGGAGAGUCUUGACCGUCUGAGUCUGGAGAGUCCAGGUGAAGUGCAGCACAAUCUAUGGCAUUGGCUGCUCAUUCUUCAGCUCUCUCGAUCUCAUUCAGAGGCGCCCAGCCCCAGCAUUCAAAACCCAAACUUCUAUAUUCAGUACCCUCCAUAUCCAUAUCCAAAUCUAAUCCACCUCUCAAAGGCCUAGUUUCACUUCCUUAUCGCCACCACAAACCAUUAAGAAUCUUUGCCUCCGUUUCAGUCUCCAACCCAGAGGUGCGGACCGGUCCCGAGGAUCUUGUUGCCUCUAUUCUUUCCAAGGUGACACAAACAGAUGGAGGAGUUUUGCUAACACCGGAAGAACACGAAGGGGUAGCUGCAGUGGCUAAAGAAUUGCAGAAAUAUUGUGUCAGUGAGCCUGUGAAAUGCCCUCUCAUAUUUGGAGAGUGGGACGUGGUGUACUGUUCAAUUCCAACAUCACCUGGGGGUGGCUAUAGGAGUGCAUUGGGCCGCUUUUUUUUCAAAACAAAGGAAAUGAUACAGGCUAUCGAAGCUCCCAACACUGUUCUAAACAAGGUCUCCAUUAGGGCUUUUGGAUUUCUGGAUGGAGAGGUCUCCUUGAAAGGGACACUGAAGGCUCUGGAUGACAAAUGGAUUCAAGUUGUAUUUGAGCCACCUGAACUGAGAAUAGGUCCAAUAUUGGAGUUCCGAUAUGGUGGUGAGAGUGAGGUUAAACUCCAAAUCACAUACAUAGAUGACAAGGUAAGGUUAGGGAAGGGCUCUAGAGGUUCCCUGUUUGUUUUCCAAAGACGCAGUUAAUCUGUUUGUAACAUUAAUCACUCAGAGGAAGAUUUAUUCUCUACAUAAUGUUAUACCUAAUAAUGUGUAGUAUCAAUGGUUUUGUAUCA